CCACCUGAAUGAGGUCAUUGCUCGGUGGUCUCCGGCUGAGUCACACCGUUGGAGGCGACCGACAAAGCGGAGCUGCAGAACCUUAGCAGGCCAUGUUUAAACCCAGAUUCUAGUCAGAAUACAACUUUAAGAGGCAUAAUUGUUCCGAUGAAUGCGGCUAUGGAGAUGGAAAAUCAAAACGCGCUCACAUCCUGCCAUUCGUCGUCUAAUGACAGCAGCUCUUCGUCUUUUGAUGUCUUAACUCAAGAAAACCCUCUGGAGAACUUUGCCCACCACUCAGCCGCCCCCGGCACCAUCAUUCCCAAUCGAAUUUUUGUCGGGGGAAUUGACCACAGGGUCAAUGAGAACGACCUGCGUCAUAUCUUCUCACAAUACGGUCCAGUGAAAGAUGUGAAGAUAGUAAUAGAUCGCUCAGGAAUCUCAAAAAGAUACGGGUUUGUUACAUUUGAAACCCAAGAAGAUGUAUUGAGAAUCCUCAGUAAUGUUAAUGGAAUCUGUUUCAAAGAAAAGAAGCUCUGCAUCGGCCAGGCUGUUAGAAAGUAUCACACUCCGGGGCAAGCUAAGAAUCCCCGCAUGGCCAACCUUGAACCGGCCAUCCCUCAUAUGAUGUCCUGUGGGACCUUUUAUCUGACCACGUCCACAGGGUAUCCUUACACCUACCAUAAGGGUGUUGCCUACUUUCACUGCCCCGUUAUGAACCCCGUGGUUCACCACAGGUCGCCUCAUCUUCAACUGAUGCUUCCUCGGUCCCAUCAGCCUGUUCACCCCCAGCAGACACCCGUGUAUCAUCACUGCCAGGAUGUCCCAAACCAGUAUCAAUGGAAUAUGGGUCAGGUGCUGACGCCUUUCAGUGCAGCAAUGUACUCACAGCAGCCAGAAUAUUUUUACCAUCCCCUUGACAGAAGUUCUUACCUGUGUCCUGCGCCUGGCAUGGAAGGCAGUACACCAGAGUUUUUAGAGCCGACAGCACCACAAUUUUACUCAGGAAUGACACCCAUUGCUCUGCAGCACGACCCUAGAGAGAAUCAGCUGUUCCCUCCUCCGCGUGUCCAUCUGAAGCCAAAGUACCGCCGCUACAUGCACCCCAAGGACUACUACCAUCUGCCUGAAUCCACAGAGCCGCCAGAUGCCUCAGUGUUUUCUUUCCACUCUCCUCAUGUAGGCUAAACAGUUGAUACCUUCUCAAGCACAACAUGCCACACUCACCACUGUGAUUUCACUCGUAUAAGUCAGUUCCUCCUUCUUUUUCAUGAAGUAGCGCAGGGUCAUAUCUGCUUUAAAACAGGGCAGUGACACUCUGAGACUAGCGGAUGUCUUCUCUGCUACUCUUGCUGUUAAUGUAGACAUCGAGGUUAGAGUUUAACAUUUUUGCUCUCAAGCAAAUCACUCACAGCCACUCUGUUAAAAAACCUACAGGGGUUUAAAUGUGUUUUCCAAUUUGUGAACAGCGCCGCUCUCCUAAGCGUGCCAUUUAGAGAAUUCAUGUUAUUAGAAGAUCUAAUGAUCUUUUAUAUGAGAAGACUGCUGCAGCAGUGUUUCAUCAUGAUGCCAUUUUGUUUCAUGUCAGAGCUCAAACAUCUGCUUUAAAAUCCACUGUUAAAUGUUUCUCCUAUUGGUCAGUUCAUCAGCAUAGCUAUACGUGCACGGUGGAUCUGUGGCUGAAGGUGGAGGUUAGCUGUAAGUUCUUUACUUUGGUUUCUUGCAGUGUUUUUGGUUGUGUUUGAGGCUCUCAGAGCUGUAAAGGAUUCUUUUGACUAUUAGGGGGCUUUAUUAGUGUCAUACUGGUUCUUUAAGCAGGGUUCCUUCAUAGAUGGAACUGUUUUCCAGGACUGGACCUAAUAGAAAUAAGGUGAUUAAAAAUCUUUAUUGGCUCUCUACAUUCUAAAUGUCUGAAUUUCAAAAAAAUAAUCAACCAGUUUGCUUUGUCUUGUUAAAAAGAAGUGAUAACUAAUUAGAGCCUUGAAAUUGAAUGAUGAGACCUAGAACAUUUGUAGAACCCUGUUUAAGGGCCUGCUGUCGUAAAUGAUGACCAUGGGAAGAGAACCAUCUGCAUUGUUUUUAACUCACUUAAAGCAAAAGAACUACCAGAUGUUUCUUAUUUAUUCCAGUCAUAGGAGCAACGUGAUUAUUUUGUACGAGAGCCGAUUGAUGGAUGUUGAAGUAGAUAUUUAGCAGGUUGUCAUUGAACAGAAUUUCCACUAAAGCACAACAGUUGCUCUCACAUUCAGUGUUUUAGCAUUUUAAUUUGGAGGAGGAGAACCGUUUUUAAGCACGCAGGAACGGAUCAGUCCUCGUCUACUGAGCCGCUGGGUGUAGUUUGGUUUUUCAUGUGUAAAACUAACCGAAUUUGUCUUGUGAAUAAUCCCUGGAAGACACAUUUUAAAAGAGAAACAAGAAGUGACAUGUUUUGAGCAGAUGGAAGCUUAGCAUGCUUACAGGUUGUUUUAGAAAAUAUUAUAAGCUUCAUUUUUUAUUCACAAUAGUUUUAGCAUUGUUUAAAAGGAAGCAAGUGCUUAUGUAAUUGUUUUCUUUUCUCUUAAAGUUCAGUUUUUCAUGUUCAGACUGUUUGUUGUUUAUUUCCUAUUUUGAAAUUUAACAGUAAAUUUGCUAUUAUGAGAGCACUUAUCUUUAAAUCUUCAGCAUAUAUGUGAGAUUUUAAGUACUUUGCUCUGUAAUGCCCCAUAGUAUCAGACAAGUUGUUUUCUCUAAACAUUGUUGUAGUUCAAUGCGUUUAUAGUUUUUGAGUGCAAAUAAACAUUUUGUGUUAUAUUUCCAUUAA